AUCUAUUUAUAUUAUAUUAUCUGUUCUGUAAGAAAAUAAACGUUUAAAACUGUUAACCCUGUACGAAUAAUCGAAAUUUCUAGUAUUACAAAUUUCUCCUGUCUCGUAUUAAAUAUAGUGCAUUAAUAGAAAAGAUUAAAAUCUAUUUGUCAAGCAAUACAAAACAUUUGGAAAGAAAGAUGCACGAAAAUGAAGUGAGAACAAAGCAUGGUAAAAUCGUUUGCUUGAAGUCUGAAUUAGAUUUAGGCAUUACGUUAAAAGGCGGUCAAAGUUUCAGAUGGUUUAAUUACAAUAAUGGAUAUAGAGGAGUCUUUGAUGGAUAUGUUUGGACUCUUACGCAACAUGAUAAUCAUCUAUUCUACAAUGUACAAGGCCCACUAGUAGAUUCUAAAAAUUAUGAUGCGAUUCUGUCCAACUAUUUCAGAUUGAACGAGUGUUUACAAGACCUGUGUGAAAAAUGGACUGUAGCGGAUCAACAUUUUAAAGAAUCAUUAAACAAAACAAAUGGUGUUAGAAUACUAAAUCAAGAUGUUGUUGAAAAUGUAUUUUCUUUUAUAUGUAGUUCUAACAACAAUAUCCAAAGGAUAUCAGGAAUGAUAGAAAAAUUAUGUAUGUUCUUUGGUGAAAAAAUUUGCUCGAUCGAAGGCAAAGAUUAUUACAAAUUUCCAUCUAUUGAGGCAUUAGCAAGCAAAGGUGUUGAAAGUAAAUUAAAAGAAGAAAAAUUUGGGUAUCGUGCGGGAUAUAUAGCAAAUGCAGCAAUGCAUUUGAUAGAUCUUGGUGGAAAACAGUGGCUUUUAAAUUUACACAAAAAGAACAAUACAUCAUAUGCUAAAGCUAGGGAACAACUAAUUAUUCUUCCUGGGAUUGGUCCAAAAGUUGCAGAUUGUGUAUGUUUAAUGUCAUUAGGUCACUUAGAAGCUAUUCCUGUAGACACUCAUAUUUUUCAAAUAGCUAGGACAAGGUAUUUGCCUCAUUUAAAACAAUAUAAAACUGUCACCCCAAAAAUUCAUGAAGAAAUUAGUAACUAUUUACGCGAAUUAUGGGGUCCUUUAGCUGGAUGGGCUCAAGCUCUGGUUUUUUGUGCAAAAAUUAAUGAUAUUUCUGCUCGUACCAGAUCGCAUAUCAAACGUAAAAAUAGUACAAGUAGCAUGUCACAAAAUCUUAAGAAAUUUUAAUACUUUUACUUAAUAUUUUAAAAAAUCGGCAUAUACAUUAUAUUACACUUUUACAAAACUCUAUAAAGUUGUAUGAAACUUUCUAUGUGUGAAGGAAUAAUUCGUUUUUAAUGCACAUAUUUACAAUGAUCGUUUCUAUCUAUAAAUAAGAAAUUUUACAACU